UCGGAGGGUCAGCAAGCACUCAUAGAAACCCCGUCCUUCGCCUCCACAAUGCUCUACCGAUAUGGACUUUACCUCCUCCUCUUGGCCUCGCACUCGUUCCGGUCAGCAAUUGCGGAGGACAUUGUCACCCGCUUUGACCGAAUAUCGCCAUUUUCGCCUCACCUUACACCCUACCCCUUUUUGCCACGAGAGCAUGAGCCAUCAUUGCCACCCAUUAAUGCGCAUAGUCGCCGCGCAAAUUCCCAAUUUGACAUCACAUUUGUGUGUCCAAACGCUCCCCAACAAACCUGUCGAUUCGCUCAACAAGGGUUUGAAAAUGCUGGACAGUACAUUUCGCAAAUGAUUUCGAUCAAAGAGAGGGUCAGAGUUCAUGCCACAUUUAGAAGCUUUUGUAACGGAAGACGAAAGGACAGAUGUGGGGAUAUGGGGAACACGUUAGGGAUGGCGCUGCCUGCCGCCUAUUUUCCGGCUCGGCCUAAAGCGCAAUCUGCUACAGGUGAUGACACGGAAAACACUCGUUUUUAUUUAUACCCUCAAUCUCUCGUCAAGCAAAGCAAGCAUGACACUAAGCUAGACUAUGCACCUUACGACAUUAUGGCUGAAUUCAACUCGGAUUUCGACUUUUGGUUCAAGUCUUCAGGACAGACGAUUGGCCCGAACCAGACCGAUUUUGAGUUCGUAGCUACCCACGAGUUUACCCACGGAAUGGGUUGGGAUACCUCAUUGGUACCGUUUUCGGUGAUGUACAAGGAUUUUUCAUCGACGCAGAAUCCCUACGUUGCGCCACAAUUGUAUCUACACGGCCCAAUCGCAAGUCCAAGCGUCGACGCAUGGACUCUCCUAACUCCUUUCGACAAGCUCGUCCAAGACCCUACUGGGAAGUCUAUAGAAGCCCAGGUUAUCCCUAUACAACAAUGGUGGCCUCAAGGAUCCGGGUCUCUUUCCUUGUCAUCAUUUAUCUCCUCAUUUGAAUCCAGCGGUGCCCCCUUUUCAGCGGCCGCCAGCCUUUACAAGGCGAUCACCUCCUCGACGAAAUCCAUCGCUCUCCGCAACACAACUCUGUACUCGACACGCAGUCCGGGAUCGUACGAACCGGGAUCGACCCUGACACACGUUGACGCUUCCUACUCAAACUCUCAGGACUUUUUAAUGGUACCAACAGUUGGGGAUAUGGUCGGAAAGACAUUAGACGAGUUGAUUGCAAGGUUUGGUGGACGCGGCGUUUAUGGUCCAGGGAUUUUAGACAGUCUUAGGCUGCUGGGAUGGGAAGGAAGCGUAGAGUUGGUGGUUGGCAAGAAUGUCCGCGACGGUAAUAUUGCCAGUGAUGCCACAAGAAGUGUGAGCACAUAUUGGCGGUCUGCCCUGGCGGUAGGCGCAGUAAUGACCUCUUCUGUAUUUUUACUUUAGAUAUUAUAGUUGAUUUCAAAAUAGAUAAAUACACAUGCUACCGACA